AUGCCCUUUGGAUUGAAGAAUGCAAGAGCAACAUACCAGAGACUCGUGACCAAGAUAUUCAAGCAUCUGAUUGAGAAGACCAUGGAAGUCUACAUUGAUGACAUGGUCAUGAAAAGCAAAGAACCUGCCGAUCAUAUUACCAACCUUAAGGAGGUGUUUGACAUUCUAAAGGCAUAUCGGCUUCGGCUUCAGCUGAAUGCCUCCAAGUGUGCUUUCGAGGUAGGAUCAGACAAGUUCUUCGCAUACUGCUCACAAGAUUGUGGUGCUCACAGAGCAACCGCUGUAGUUUUUGUUACAACACGAAGACUUGUGGAGAAGAAUAGCAUGAUGGAUUAUAAUUCGAGAGCCAUUGUAGCAGACAAUCACACCCAAUUUGACAGUAAGUUGAUCAAGAAUUCUUGUGUGAAGUACAAGAUUAAGAACUACUACUCAACAUGUAGUUUCCCACAAAGCAAUGGCCAAGUCGUGGCCUCAAAUAGAACCAUCUUGGAUGGCAUAAAGAAGAGACUAAAAGCUGCCAAGGGCAAGUGGGUUGAGGAGUUGCCUAAUGUUCUAUGGGUAUAUCGUACUACGUUGAGAAGAUCAAAUAGAGAAUCACUUUUUUUCAUGGCUUAUGGCACCGACGCCGUCAUACCGUUAUAG